AUGUCUCCCAGAGGCCCCUACAGACUUGUGACCGUGAACACUGCACCCGAUCGCGCGAAGACAUUGAUCGGUCGAGUGGCCGAAGAUCUUAAAGAGCAAUACACUAUCCAGCAUCUGGCGAACUGUAAAAGCAUUGAUGAAGUAGAGGGAACAGUGAAAGAACUUCGCCCGAACUUACUCUUCUGUGCCUCGAUGUGGACGCCCGAAGAAAGUGCAAGGAUUCAGCAGAUCGCCAGAAGUAUAGUGCCUGACAUCAAGACGCAUGCCAUCCCGGAAGGUCUACAGGUCCAGAAAGGUCCCGACGGUGUGGUGGAAUAUCUGAGGGAGAAUUUACCAGUCAUUCUGGACUAA